GCCACGUCCAAUCAGCUAGCGGCCUUUCAAUCCUAUAAUUUUGGCGGCGGUCGGAAGAUGGCGGAAAAUUUGAACGCUGAAGUUUGUAGGGUAGCAUGCAUCGCUACUGUAGACCAGCUGGAGGUGAUCUGUCGAGAGCAGGGGGUGAAGUGCGAAGAGCUGGGCAUCAGCAAGCACAACCUGUGUGACUAUGAGGUGGAAUAUCUCUGCGACUACAAAAAGAAAGUCAUCAACGAUGGGAAUACACAAAUAGUACAGGAGUUAUACUUGGUGAAAUGGAAGGGCUACCCCGAAUCCAGCAACACAUGGGAACCACGGAAGAACCUGAAGUGCGUAGAUCUUCUCAACCAGUUCUGGGAGGACCUGAAUGCAGAGAUGCAGAGACAGAAGAAGCGUGCUGCCCCUCGUCGCCUAGACCCCGCCACCGUGUCCCAGCUCAUCCAGCGGGCCAAACUUCGACAGACCCUUAAACAGUGGGAGACACACCUCAACAGCCUGGGUACCCACAAGGGCCACAUCUACGUCCGGAACCAGGUCGACCUGGAAGGCCCGCCUAAGAACUUCACCUACAUAAACGACUAUAAAGUGGGUGAUGGGAUCUUGCUGAAUGAGGUAUCCGUGGGCUGCGAAUGCACAGACUGCCUGGAAAACCCUGUGGAGGGAUGCUGUGCCGGAGCAUCGCAGCACAAGUUUGCUUACAAUGAGUUAGGCCAGGUCCGCAUUCGGCCCGGGUUGCCCAUUUACGAAUGCAACAAGCGCUGCCGUUGCGGGAUCGACUGCCCCAACAGAGUGGUGCAGAGGGGAAUUCAGUAUUCCCUCUGCAUUUUUAGGACAGACAAUGGAAGGGGAUGGGGGGUAAAGACCACGGAGCGCAUUCGGAAGAACACUUUCGUUAUGGAGUACGUCGGGGAGAUCAUUACAACAGAAGAAGCUGAACGCAGAGGUCACAUAUAUGAUAAAGAAGGCGCCACCUAUCUUUUUGAUCUGGAUUACGUUGACGACGAGUACACCGUGGAUGCUGCUCACUCUGGAAACAUCUCUCACUUUGUCAAUCACAGUUGUGACCCCAACCUCCAGGUAUAUAAUGUGUUCAUUGAUAACCUGGAUGAGCGGCUGCCGCGGAUAGCGUUCUUUGCCACACGUGGGAUAAAGGCAGGAGAGGAACUCACAUUUGACUACAACAUGAAAAUUGAUCCAGUAGAUGCAGAGAGCACGAAGAUGGAUUCUAAUUUCAGUCUGACGGGACUCCCAGGCUCUCCUAAAAAGCGCAUGCGCGUAGAGUGCAAAUGCGGGGUACCGACAUGUCGAAAGUACCUCUUUUAGAGGAAGUCCAUGCUAAAUAGGGACUGAAAGAAGAUCAUGUGUUCCAGUGAAUGUUGAAAGCAUCUGCAGUUUAGAAACUGUUUUGGGAUGUGUUUUGAAAUACUUCAUUGAUUUUUAAAUAUAUAUUUAAGAAUUUGUUUUUAUUUCCCCAAGAUCAACCUCAACUUUUUCCGUAGUAUUGUUGUCUUCCGUGUUUAAAUAGUGUAUAAAAUGUAGCAAUACUUUUUCAAUUUGUCCGUUAGAUAAGUUUGUAAAG